AUUGCGCGCGCCCGAGCAUGGUUCACCCAGCUGCAGCGGCGGCGCCGGCAGACUUCGUGUCUUCUCGAACCGGAGCAUCCGGAUCGAAGUGCGUGGAGAUGCGAACUCACCGACGCUACACCUCCGCAUGGUUCUGAAUCCCAUUAGGACCUUGUUUUGGACGGUUUUCUGAUGGCGUUGCUGAAAACGAGGUGGUGAGCCGCCGGGUGUUGCUGGACACUUUCCCCUCGCUGUUUCUUUCUCUGAAGACAUUACGUGUGCAACGCCGUUUUCCACUCUCAAGGAAUCAUGACGACCGGUCAGGACGAGAGUUCAGUCCGCGUGGCGCUGAGGGUUCGCCCUCAGCUGGCCAAAGAGAAAAUCGAAGGAUGCCACAUCUGUACAUAUGUGAUGCCUGGGGAGCCUCAGGUGAUCCUGGGGAAGGACAAGGCUUUCACCUACGAUUACAUCUUCGACAUGGACUCUCAGCAGGAAUCCAUCUACAGCACCUGUACGGAGAAGCUGAUUGAGGGGUGUUUCGAGGGCUACAAUGCCACCAUCUUUGCAUACGGACAGACUGGCUCAGGAAAGACCUACACCAUGGGCACUGGAUUUGACAUCAACAUAGCAGAGGAGGAGCUGGGAAUCAUUCCCCGGGCUGUGCACCAUCUCUUCAAGGGCAUCGAGGAGCGUCGGCAGGCUGCCCAGGAGCAGGGGCGCCCAGUUCCAGAGUUUAAAAUUAACGCUCAGUUCCUAGAGCUUUAUAACGAGGAAGUCCUGGACCUGUUUGACUCCACAAGAGAAAUGAAGCAAAAAUCCCACAUCAAGAUUCACGAGGAUGCCAACGGUGGAAUCUACACAGUAGGCGUGACCACACGGGCCGUGUCCUCUGAGGCAGAGAUGAUGCAAUGUCUGAAACUCGGUGCCCUGUCUCGCACCACUGCCAGCACACAGAUGAACGUGCAGAGUUCCCGGUCACACGCCAUCUUCACUAUCCAUCUGUGCCAAGUUCGAGUCUGUGCCUCUGACAAUCAAGACAAUGAUACCGAUAACAGAGUGUCCAACGGCAACUCUGAGGUUGACGAGUACGAGACUCUCACAGCCAAGUUUCACUUCGUGGAUCUGGCUGGUUCGGAGAGGUUGAAGCGGACGGGAGCGACUGGGGAUCGAGCCAAAGAGGGCAUUUCCAUCAACUGCGGUCUGCUUGCUCUGGGAAAUGUAAUCAGUGCUUUAGGUGAUAGGAGCAAGCGAUCAUCACAUGUGCCUUACAGAGACUCCAAACUUACCCGACUGCUGCAGGACUCGCUGGGAGGAAACAGCCAAACAAUGAUGAUCGCCUGCAUAAGUCCAUCUGAUCGUGAUUUCAUGGAAACACUCAACACUCUUAAGUAUGCUAACCGGGCCAGGAACAUCAAGAAUAAGGUGGUGGUGAACCAGGACAAGGCCAGCCAACAGAUCAGCGCCCUGCGGACGGAGAUCGCUCGGCUGCAGAUGGAACUGAUGGAGUACAAGACUGGAAAACGUUUGGCAGGCGAGGACGGCGUGGAGUGUUUCAGCGACAUGUUCCAUGAGAACUCAAUGUUGCAGACAGAGAACAGCAACCUGAGGGUGAGGGUGAAGGCCAUGCAGGAGACCAUCGAUGCACAGAGAGCACGGCUCACCCAGCUGAUCAGUGACCAGGCCAACCAGGCUCUGGCCAGAGCAGGUGAAGGGGGAACUGAGGAAAUUGGCAACAUGAUCCAGGGUUAUAUCAAAGAGAUAGAAGAUCUAAGAGCGAAACUCUUGGAAAGUGAAGCUGUGAAUGAGAAUCUGCGGAAGAACUUAUCCAGAGCAUCCAACCGGCAGUCGUUCUACGGAGGGACGGGAUCCUUCUCCACAACAAUGCUCGCCCCUGAGAAGGAGACUUCAGACAUAAUUGAGCUUGCCAAGAAAGACCUGGAGAAACUGAAGAAAAGGGAGAAAAAGAAGAAGAAGAGACUCCAGCUGCUGUUGGAGGAGAGAGAGAGGGAGGAAAGGGAGGAGGUUGAGGACUCCAGCGCCAACAAGGAUGAGGUUCCUGACAAUGAACAGGAAAAGGGUACAGAAAAGGAAUUGGCAGAGCGAGUAAAUGAAGAUGGAGACAUGGAAGUACAGGAGGGCAGUGACCACGAGGAAGCAGAUGAGGAGGAAGAGGAGGAAGAAGAGGAAAUGGAUGUAGAGGAGAGUUCAGAUGACUCUGAUUCUGAGUCGGAUGAGAAAGAGAACUACCAGGCUGACCUGGCCAACAUCACCUGCGAGAUCGCAAUCAAGCAGAAGCUGAUCGACGAGCUGGAGAACAGCCAGAGACGCCUGCACACGCUCAAACAGCAGUAUGAGCAGAAGCUGAUGAUGCUGCAGUGCAAAAUCAGAGACACACAGCUGGAGAGGGACAGAGUCCUCCACAACAUGAGCUCUGUGGAGAGCGGCUCUGAUGACAAAGCUCGGAAGAUCAAGAACGAAUACGAGAAGAAGCUGAGCAUCAUGAACAAGGAGCUCCAGAAGCUGCAGUCGGCCCAGAAGGAACAUGCACGCCUUCUGAAGAACCAGUCGCAGUAUGAGAAGCAGCUGAAGAAGCUUCAGAUGGACGUGGUGGAGAUGAAAAAGACCAAGGUCCGUCUGAUGAAGCAAAUGAAGGAGCAACAGGAGAAGAACAGGAUGAAUGAAUCCCGCAGGACUCGAGAAAUUGCUACCUUAAAAAAGGACCAGCGUAAACAGGAGCACCAGCUGAAGUUACUGGAGGCUCAGAAACGGCAACAAGAGCUCAUUUUGAGAAGGAAGACAGAGGAGGUUACGGCGCUGAGAAGACAAGUCAGGCCCACAUCAGGAAAGGUUGUCAGGAAAUCCAAUGUGUCAGAGAUGGACUCAUCUCACCGGCCUCAGUCGGGACGCAUGUACGCCCCGGGAAAUGCCGCUCCCAAUGGAACUCGGUCUUCAUACAGGCGUGCAGGAAUCUACUCCACCAGAACUGCCCGCAACAAGUGGCAGUCCCUGGAGCGAAGGAUCUCAGACGUCAUCAUGGAGCGAAUGACUAUUUCAAACAUGGAGGCUGACAUGAACCGUCUGCUUAAGCAACGUGAGGAGCUGACGAAACGUAAGGAGAAAGUCAUGAGGAAGAGGGAGCGUUUAGUCAGAGUGGGGCCCGAGGAGGAGAAGGCAGCUCAGUCUAUGAACGAGGAAGUGGACGCACUGACCGCCAACAUUGACUACAUUAAUGACAGCAUCGCUGACUGUCAGGCCAACAUCAUGCAGAUGGAGGAAACAAAGGAGGAGGCGGAAACUGUGGACGUCUCUGCUGUGAUUGGAUCAUGCACUCUGGUGGAAGCUCGUUUCCUGCUGGAUCACUUCAUGUCUAUGGCCAUUAACAAGGGCCUGCAGGCAGCACAGAGGGAGUCUCAGGUGAAGGUGAUGGAGGGUCGACUGAAGCAGACUGAGAUCACCAGUGCCACCCAAAACCAGCUUCUCUUCCACAUGCUGAAGGAGAAGGCAGAGUUCAACCCAGAGUUGGAUGCUCUUCUCGGGAACGCCCUGCAAGAGCUAGGUAGCGCUCCAGCUGAAAAUGGAGAUGAUAGCAGUAGUGAUGAAUCUGCCCAGAGUCCCUCUGCAGAUGGAAACACACUAGCAUCGGAUCUAACUAAAAUUUGCGGGGAAACUAAGACUAGAAGCAAGGCCCGCAGACGGACAACCACCCAGAUGGAGUUACUUUACGCCAACAGUGACUCGGCCCCCGACUCCCCGGCAGCAGACUUCACCAGCCCCAUGCUCCCAUUAGCGGAGACCCCGGAUGGAGGGGACAACGACUUGUCAGGUUCUUCAGUCAGGGACUACACAGCUCUCUCCCCUGGUUUCUCCUCUAAGAUGGGCAGCAUUCCCGGCUCCAAAGCAGCUGUGGAUAAGCGAGUGACGGAGCCUUCCCCACUAUCUCGCAGGAAGACCUAUGACAAGGCAGCAGCUGACAGGUCAAAGCUCAAAGAAUAUAAACAGAUGAACGGAUGUUCCCACCUUUCGUCCCUCCUCUGUUCAGUUUCUGCUCCUCUCCCAUCACCCAAGGGCGUGAUCAACCCAGUGCCGCUGACAAAGAGCAGUCGGGCCGCAGCGCUGCAGUGCGUCCAUGUGGCGGAGGGACACAGCAAAGCCGUCCUGUGUGUGGACUGCACUGAUGAUCUCCUCUUCACUGGAUCUAAAGACCGGACUUGUAAAGUUUGGAACCUGGUCACGGGUCAAGAAAUAAUGUCACUUGCUGGUCAUCCCAACAACGUGGUGUCAGUGCGCUACAGCUCCAGUCUGGUGUUCACCGUGUCCACCUCCAACAUCAAAGUCUGGGACAUCCGGGACUCGGCCAAGUGCAUCCGAACCCUGUCGUCGUCCGGUCAGGUCAACAUUGGCGACAUUUGUGCAGCAAGUGUCAGCCGGACGGUGGCCAUCCCGGCGGGCGAGAAUCAGAUCAACCAGAUUGCACUCAAUCCCAGUGGCACGGUUCUGUAUGCUGCUGCUGGAAACUCAGUCCGGGUCUGGGACCUAAGGAGAUUUGCCUCCACCGGGAAGCUGACUGGCCACCUGGGUCCGGUUAUGUGUUUAACAGUUGAUCAGUCUGCCAGCCACCAAGACCUAGUGAUCACAGGCUCCAAGGACCACUACAUUAAGUUGUUCGACGUGACUGAAGGCUCUCUGGGAAGCAUUGGUCCCACGCACAACUUUGAACCUCCUCACUACGAUGGGAUCGAGUCCCUGGUGGUGCAAGGCGACAUCCUCUUCAGCGGCUCCAGAGACAACGGGAUCAAGAAGUGGGACCUGGACCGCAAAGACCUGCUGCAGCAAGUGCCGAACGCCCACCGUGACUGGGUCUGUGCGUUGGGGUUGGUUCCUGGAUCACCAGCAUUGUUGAGCGGCUGCAGAGGAGGGGUGCUCAAACUGUGGCACACUGAAACACUCGCAACCCUGGGAGAGCUUAAGGGUCACGACAGCCCCAUCAAUAGCAUCUCCACCAACAGCAGCCACCUGUUCACCGCUUCUGACGACCGGACGGUGAAGAUCUGGCGUGCGCGCGGUGGCCUGGACAGCACCUUUGAGUCCGCUGACAACGCAGACGAGGUGGCCAGUAACUGAGCUUCUGCUCACCCUGUCAGAAUCCUCCCUCAUAGCACCGUCUCUCUCUCUCUCUCUCACUGUCUUCAUCAUCACCACCCGAUUAUAAGAAUUCUCUCUCAAUACUCUGCUGCUGCUUCACUUGGAUUCAGUGGCAUCACAGAACAUCUGCAGACCCGUUAAAAAAAAAAAAAAACAGCUGGUGUUUUCUGAUCGUUUUUGAGACCAAAAUGGUGGCAGAGCUCGCGGGUUGGUAGCUGGUCUUCACAACCCAGUUCUCCAGUUUUGGUGUAGCGGAUCGUUUCUCCGCACUUGAAGUUGAAUCUACUUUGGAAAACAAAACAAAAGUGGCUUUAUGUGAGUGAGACAAAGUCCCUGUUGCUGCACUUCCUCUUCCUUCCUGCUCCAGUUUUCGCAGCUGCUUCAGAUCAGCGACCAAAAUUGUCUCUGCUGUCCUGCACCACUCUUGUCAGCACUCGAGCACUUGUCUUACUAAUGACUGUUCAUCCUGCGUCAGUACCAGCAGGCCCUUCACUCUUCACUAGCCGUGCCCCUGCUGGGCCCCUCAUCACCUUGGAAGAGGGCUUCUGUUCAGGGGUCCGCCUAACCUGUAGCACUGUUCUCUGUGUAAGUGUGUUUCUCUCACGCGAGCUAGAGGCGAGGCCUUUAGACCAGUCGACUGUCUCCCCAUCCUACUGACUGAUCACAUUUGAAUGUUAACUACGUGUCGAAGGCAUUAAUCCAAUACAAACGUAAUGUACAUGAACAUAUAUUUGAGUCUGACUGAAUGUGCCGCGGGACCACUGAUCUCCACAAAGUCUCACUUGGACCAGAAUCGUCUUAAAGACUUGAUUCAUGUUCUCAGCUUUCUUCCCUUUUGACAUUAUUUAUUUGACAUUGUUGAGUUUCUUCUGCCAUUUUGUUGUCCCCCCACCUCACCCUGCCACUGUUCGUCACCCUCUACUGGAGUGGUAGAUCAUUUUGGCGGACCCUGUAGUGAUUCUAAUGUCAGAUGCCUUGUUAGAAUAAAUGUCAUCUGUCAAAAACAA